UUGUUUUCUUUCUUGUUUUACUAAUGAAAUUAUUAGAAAAUACUGUAUAUAACUAUCUUCUGUGUUUACGUGUCGUACUCUGCUGUUUAAUUUCAUUGUCUGUGCCUUUGGAAUCUGCAUUGACUGUACGUACGUGGGAAUGUAACGGGAUUUUGUUUAGACAUGUAUUUGGGUUUUACGUGUGUACUGACAUUGAAGAAAAGUUCAGUUUCUUAUAGGCCUGGACGUCGGCGGCGUCUUGAGUUUUUGUAGAUCUACCUGACAACAAUCAUUAAUCAGAUUUAGAUUUGGUACAAUACGAAAGAAUACUGGAGAAAAUGCAACAUAUGGAAAUGGCAGUGUAUGAAAUUUCAGAAAAAAACAAUAAAAGCAGGGAAUAACGAGAAAUUUGCUGUAAUAAGAGACAGAAAGACAAGAUACAGUAACAAUAGACAUUACUUAAGGUAAUACUCCCCACCACCACCCCCAAAAAACAACACCACCAAACCCACCCACCCCCAGAAACAGUGACACUUGAGAAUAAGAAAAAUAAAAAAGACAAUAAGAGACGCAAGAUAAAAAGAGACAUUUCCAGAGACACAAGACAAAAAGAUACAUCAACAGAGACGAAGACACAGAAAUCUUGAGACAAAAACAAUAAGACGGCAUCGGCAAAGAAUAAGAGAGAUCUGGGAUAUGGGAGAAUUGACAUAAUGUGAAUUGGAGACAGCAGGUGAAUAGGAGACUAGAGGAACGACAGUAACACAGUAAGUGAGGUCUACGUUCAUAUGACAGCUAAUACGGGAUGGUAAUGGCAUACGAGACAGACUAAGGCAAACUAAUGAAAGGACAAUGUCGUCGUCGUCAAGUGUCAGAGAUCGUGUAGCCGAGUUGCAGAUGAAGCAGAAGGUAUCGGAGAAUGUUGGUUCAAAGACGAAACUGGAAACGCCCAGCGAGGAAACUUUGCACAAGUUUUCACCAGGUGUGAAAGUUCGACUGGCCGAGUUGCAAAAUAAGCUAAAAGGUUCUGAAAAUGUUGGUUCGAAGACGAAACUGGAAACGCCCAGUGAGAAAACUUUGCACAAGUUUUCACCAGGUGUGAAAGUUCGACUGGCCGAGUUGCAAAAUAAGCUGAAAGGUUCUGAAAAUGUUGGUUCGAAGACGAAACUAGAAACACCCAGCCAGGAAAGGUUGCCCACAGUGUCUUCACCAGGUGUCAAAGAUCGUCUAGCUAAAUUGCAAAUGAAGCAGAAACUAUUAUCAAGAAGUGUUGGUUCGAAGACGAAACUGGAAACACCCAGCCAGGAAAGGUUGCCCACAAUGUCUUCACCAGGUGUCAAAGAUCGUCUAGCUAAAUUGCAAAUGAAGCAGAAACUAUUAUCAGGAAGUGUUGGUUCGAAGACGAAACUGGAAACACCCAGCCAGGAAAGGUUGCCCACAAUGUCUUCACCAGGUGUCAAAGAUCGUCUAGCUAAAUUGCAAAUGAAGCAGAAACUAUUAUCAGGAAGUGUUGGUUCGAAGACGAAACUGGAAACACCCAGCCAGGAAAGUUUGCGCACAAAGUUUUCACCAGGUGUCAGAUAUCGACUAAGUGAGUUGCAAAAGAAACUGAAAGGUUCCAAAAAUGUUGGUUCGAAGACAAACCUGGAAACACCCAGCCAAAAAGGUUUGCCCACAGUGUCUUCGCCAGGCGUUAAAGACCGUCUAGCCGAAUUGCAAAUGAAGAAGAAAAUCUCAUCAGGAAGUGUUGCUUCGAUGACAAAACUGGAAAUGCCCAGUCAGCAAAGUUUGCACAAGUCUUCAUCGGGCGUGAAAGAUCGUCUAGCUGAACUACAAAUGAAGCAGAAAAUCUUAGGAAAUGUUGGUUCAAAGACGAAACUGAAACCGACACCGAGCGAGGAAUAUGUACACAAAUUUCUAGCCAGAGUUAACGAGGUGGAAGCCAUUUUGAAACGCGUCAGGCAGCAGAACGAAGCGAUAGUCCGACUGCAGAACGACAUACUCAACAAUCCGUUCUGCAACAAGAAACAGAUUCUCGAGUGUAGCUCGAUCAUCGAAGAGACGAAGAACGAUCUGCAGGAAGUACGAGGACUGCUGCAGAGACUGGUCGCAGAAGAGGAGCUCUCGAACCAGAAACCCGGAGUGAAGGUCGCGGUGGCUCAUGUCCGGGACCAGCAGGUCAAACAUCUGACCAUUAGUCUGACGGAGGCCACCGACGAGUUCUUCAAGGGACAAGCUCGUUACAUGGAUCAUAUGAAAGAACGUCAGAAAAAGCAGCUGGCCAUCACUGGUUCCCAGGGUAAAAAGAGCCAACGUGAAAUCGAGAGCAUUCUCGAAGGAAAGGACUCGUACGCGAUUUUCACGCAGAAUUUCAUUUCGGACGUGACCAAUACAGGGUCGUCGCUGCGCGAAAUUGAAGACCGCCAGAAAGACAUUCUCUCACUCGAGAAAGGCGUGGUACAAGUUAACGAGCUCUUCAAAGAUUUGAACCUGCUUGUGGCUGCGCAAGGGAAGACAAUCGAUUCGAUCGAGGCCAAUGUUGUUCAUGCUGGUGACUAUACGGAAGAUGCGAAAAACGAGCUGGAAAAAGGCAGUAAAUAUCGGCGCACGGUCAGACGACGAAAGUGGUGCAUAGCGGGAAUUGUGAUUGUAGCACUUGUAAUAGUUGUAGUUACGAUUGUUUUUUCGCAAUAAAUUAAUGUUAUAAUCGAUAUGUUUGACCAUUUUUGU